CACCAUCACUACCGAUUUUUGACCCACCCACACAAUCAAGUAUCUAUCGCUAGUGGGAAAUCGGUCAAAUCCCACUCGCGAGAGGCGUGCAUAAGCAUCUCUUCCUCCUACCGGACGGGCCGGUCCGCGUGUGACGUUAUGUCACAUCACGUUCAAGUUUUGUCUUUACGAUCAUGAUCGUCUUGAAGACAUUCAAGUUCAAUGUCCUGAAGACACUCUCAAAUGUCCCGAAGUACUCUCCCACGAUGUGGGAAGGAUAUUGAUCACAAUCAUAUCCCCACUUCUUCCUGGGUCUAUGUCAAGGAGGUUACCAAGAGGUUACUGUAACAAUAAAUCUAUUCCUGGUUUCCAGAGUUGGGCAUCGGGCGUCGCUUGAGGCGUCGUGUGCAAUGGCGCACAAUGCUACCAAUACGGAGGCGCCACGUCGGCGUGACAGUGGGGGACUGGCUUUUUUUGUCACUUUGCUCUUGCACUCAUACUUCCAUCUGCUUCAUCGUAGCAUGAAUACUUCUGUUAUUCCUCCGAAAACAUUCGGCAUUCAUACCAUCGAAAAUGCAAUCAAAUCUGCUGCUCACGAAGCCCCGACCUCCAAAACUGCACAAGGAGCACACCUCGUCUUAAAAAACUUCUUCGCGUCGUGGAAUCAUUACACGGCACCUUCUCUGAGGGCGUACAUUCUUGAAAACGUCUACGACUUUCCAGAACUUGAGGGUUGCAUAGACAGGGAUUUGGUGGGCCCCGACCGGGCCACUUGGGCUUGUUUGCAGCCUCUGGCCGCUGCGCUCGGCUUCGAGCUCUAUAUCGCGGAGGUGGAGUAUGCUGCGGAAUCCCUAGUCAUGGUUGAAGCACGGCCGCGCAACACUGCGUACGGAGUUGAACACAGAGGAUUCCACAAUGGUUAUCCUGAGGAUGAGAACGGAAGCGUCAGCGAAUGGCAGAGUGACCAUGCCAGUGAGAUGGAUAAUACCAUGGCAUAUCAUCACAGAAGUGCAUUGAGGUAUGUUCAUCACUCCUACGUGGUCAACAUGUCUGGGAUGCCGGUCAACGUUUCCCUGGACUUGCAUCUGAACAACUCCGCUAUCAUCAAUGGCAAGCUCGACAGUGGUGAACCAACGAAGAAAACUUUCGCUCGUGAAGAUAAAUAUGUGCUUUGGUCCAAGACCCUUAUAUUGAUUAUACCAAGAUGGUCGGAUAUCGAAAUAUCCACUGGCGACAUUUUUCGCUACACUGUCAAUUCGUUACGAGCUUCGAAAUCCAAGUCCGCGAACGAGAAAGAAACAAAAUUUCUUGACACCCUUCUUCUAGCUUGCACGGCACGGGAAUCGAGCCUAGCCUAUACUUUUCACCAUUUGUCGCGGCAAGAAGCUACAACCGCACACCGCAAACAUAUUAAAGACCUUCAGAUGGCUUUCGAGACGGUGAUCAAUGUGUCAAUGAGAUGGAAUGACGUCGAUGUUUUUCUUCGAUUCGCACAUGCGUGCAAGAUUGAGAACUAUGAUGGAGUUAUCGUCGAUUCCGCCGUGUUGGUCUCUAUAUACGAAACAAUUCCCACUUCCUGGUGCAAAAUUAAGGAUCUCUUCGCAGACUUCGUUUUCAAUCUUCCUUCGAACUCGAUGAGGACGAACUUCCUUGAGAUUACAGUGAAUGUGGCAAGAGAGGUGGGAAACUUCAUAAUAGUCAAGGAAUGGUGCAAGCAACAAAACCACGCCAUGACGGCUUCUAUCAAGACCCUCGAAGUAGACGAAGUUGACUGGAUGUGUGGCGUCAUUGUGCACGGAGAUUGCGUUUAUUUCAGGGAAAUGAUAUUCCCCCAACUUCAGUCCCAGCUGUAUGAUGCCGCAGUCUGGAUGCCUUUAAUAGAAGCCAUCCAUAAUAGAAGGGCAGAGAAUACUGCUACGGUCAAUUUGGCGGUAACUAUGUGUAUCCAACAUGCCGUUGAAGAGACUCCUGCAUACCCGCGCAUUCGGUACGACGAGGACGUGUACAAUCCGCCUGGCCUGCGUUGCGGCUCUCGCCUAGAUAGGUUCCUCGGCGACCCUUCCGCGAUCACGAAAUUAGUACAGUUGUGUAUCAAGGUCGCUCAUCCCGACCAAUGCGCCGUCAUCUUCGAUCGAAUGGCACUUGACAGCAGACUUGGUUUCGAAGAAUUCGCGUCUUGGAAAUAUUACGAGGCGCUCAUGCUCGAUAUGACUAGCAUUGCAGAUGCGCAUCCAGAAUUGACGCCCACGUUCAGCAUUUUUUUCAAGAGUGCUAUCUCGGAGCUCCUCUGUCACAGAAAACAAGCCGGUCAAGAUGAGUGGGAGCACGUCGUGACAGCACUGAGGCACUGUGAAGACAACGACCUCGCCGAAUUAUUUGGAUCGGACUUCAUUGCGUCGCUCGAGGAGCAUCCUAUCAAAGUCGUUGCUCGCGUAUUAUACGACAAAUUUUCUGCCACAGGCUCCCAGAGCCCUCUCUUGGAGAUUGUAACUCGGUGUCUGGAGGAAAUGGUUCGAAAUUUCUUAAUGAUAGAAGCCGAGAUAUCCUGCGCGAAGUUGUGUCUGGGGUGUCCUACCGUUCGCGAUCGAGAGUUGUAUGUCAAUACCAAACUGGCGCCUCUCGUCUUCAGCCUAUUGAGCAAAAUGUCUCGCUGGAACAGAAGGGUCACGGAGCCACCAUUCGUCACCUUUUUCAGCGAUACAGUUCGGCUGUUCGCAAGACACUGUAUGCCCACAAUGCCCAGUGGGUUGAUUCCUGCAGAGGUCCUGGCGUUCGGAUGCGGGACUCUUGCAUGCUUACAGUGCAAGGAACUCCAGCACUUUUUGUGCCACUCUUCUCAGGAAGUCUAUCACUUCACCGGGAUCGCCAAAAUCCGUAAUCAUCUUGAACAUCAACUUCACCUGUCUUCCGCCCUUAAGCACGGUGUGAGCUUUGAUAUCAUAAAAGCCGGCAGAUCUUUCACUCUGGAGGUAUAUCUGAUUGUGCAUGGCAAAUUCGCUCAACAGAAGCAGACAGGUCUGGAUAUGCUUUCUGCCCUAGGGGACACAGCUGCUCGGUGUCACGUUCUGACUGAGGCCUUUGAUUGGGUAUACGGGACCAUCAUAGGAACUUGCACGCCACCCGCCGUGCUGGAGGAAAGUUCUCACAAACGAGGCGCUGAUAAACUUGAGGCAGAGGCUUCCGUGUUGAAGAGAGUCCAAGCGCUAGAUCCUCGCAAAGAGAAACGGGAUGGGAUUAAGGGAGAGAGCAGAGUCCUUAGUGCGAAUUUUAUAAUACCCAUGAGUAUUGGAGGAGACGACCGGGGUUGA